AUGGCAUCAGCAGUAAGUUUACUGGAUAGUGGUUCAACCGAAAUAAUUAAUCCAGAUAUUUAUUUUCAAAUACAUUUUCCUCCAAAAAACUUAAAAGAGAAUGAAAAUAAAAUCCAAGAAUUUGUUGAUAAACAUCAAAAAAAAGGCAGGAGAGUUGUAUUAGUUACAAGUGGAGGAACAACAGUACCACUUGAAAAUAAUACAGUGAGAUUUUUAGAUAAUUUUAGUGCUGGAAGUCGUGAAGAUUAUGCAGUCAUUUUCAUGCACAGGCAAUUUAGUUUACAGCCUUAUAGUAGACAUUAUACUCAUGCAAGUAGUAAUUUUUUGGAUUUGUUGGAAUUAAAAGAUGAUGGAAGUGUUGUAGUUAAUGAUCAAGAUCAGCAAAAAAUGAAAAUAAUCUUGGAAAAAUAUCAAAAAUUUAAGCAGGAGGAAACACUUCUAUUCAUAGAUUUUGUAACUGUGACGGAUUAUUUGUUUCUUUUAAGAAGUGCUACUCAAAUUAUGAAUAAAUUAAAAGAGAAUGCUAUGUACUAUCUUGCUGCUGCUGUUAGUGAUUUCUUUAUUCCAGUUCAAAAAGUGUCUCAACAUAAAAUACAAUCAGGGGAAGGUGCUUUAACAUUAAAGAUGGAUCAAGUCCCAAAAUUUCUAAAACCAAUGGUAACAAAUUGGGCACCUGAAGGCUUUAUAGUUUCUUUUAAGUUAGAGACUGAUCCAUCACUUUUAGUUGAAAAAGCAAGAAAAGCUUUAACAAGAUAUGGACAUCAAAUUGUUAUUGCCAACCUUCUAAUGACACGUAAAACUGAAAGCAAAAUGGCGAGUUGGGAAUAUCCAUCUCACAAGGAGUUUCCGAAAGUACCCAGCCUUGAAGAAGUAGAUUCUGGAGAUGUACCAGGUAUCUUGGAUGCUCGUGAACAAAAAAUUCGUGAAGACUGGGUAAAAGCAAUGGAGUUUAGAAUGAUUCGAAACAAAUUGAAUCAAUGUUACAAAACAGAGGGUGUUAACCAUCAUCAAAAUUGCAAAGAAUUGUCUGAUAUGUAUUUAAAUCUUCUCAAUGAUAGUAAAGUUAGAGGAUGGAGAGUUCUUGAUGAUAAUAACAAAAAAAUUCAGAUGAAACAGUUUAUGACUGAAACAAUAAUUGGUAUAAUUGGUUCAGGUGAUGAAUUUGAAUUAUUAUCUGAGAGUGAUUCUAAUGAAGAGAUUGUGAUUACUCUUAAGAUUUAG